CAUUUCACUCCUCCCUCCUCCCUCGUUACUCCUUCAGACCUUCACUCUGCCCCACUCGACCACGCACCGGCAGCUCCUCAUUCCGCCUCACUCGACGACGCACCGGAAAGUCGGCAACGACACUCCUCAUUUCACCAGCAACAAGCCAUUGAAUUCUUUUGAAUCCUUGGGACCAUCGCUGCACACGGGUGGUUCAAUCCCGAUGACUGAGCAUAGGCGAAGAUUAAAAGAAAAGCUCGGAGAGGAGCCAUCACAUGCAGUUUUGUUUCAAGCCACACACAAACGCAAAAACAAAAACACCGAUGCCUUUGUGUGCAAAAAAGCUCAACAAGUCAUGGAAACUGUGAGUCAAAUGCAGCAAACUCAACCAAAACUUGAACAAGCAACUGCUUGGUAUGAGGCAGCAGGUGGUCUUAAGAAAGGAGAUUAUGUGUUUCGGUUUGGAUCAGAUACCCAACACUACUUCCCCAAGGUGGCCAGGCAGAGGAAGUCGAGAUAUGGAGAAUCAUCCUCACAUGCAGCUUGUGAGGAAAGAAUUAAACAAUUAGAGCAAACCCACAAAGAGCUUUUAGAGCAAAAUAAGAAGAUUAUGGAGUUGUUCCAAGUUAUAUGUAGUGCACAUCCGGAGUUGUUACAAUCUGUUGCUCCUACAGCUUAUAGCAAUCAAAGUAGUGGUGUUGGGCUAGAUAAUCUUAACGUGAAUGAUGAUUCAUCACAAUCUUCAUCGUAAUCUCAAUACUUCAAUUUUUGACCAAGUACUGGUUGGAAUUUGUGAUGCUAUUUGUAGACAUAAAUGUAGAAAUAUUUAGAAUUGUAAAUUAGUUACUACUUUUUGAAAUAUAAAGUAGCUACUACUUUUUGAAAUGUGAAGUUAAAUAACCUUUACAUGCAAUUAAAA